AUGACCAACGCAGCAGCGACGUCAGCCCCCGAGACGGCCCAGCUUGCAGCUGAUGCGGCCCCAGCCCCAGCCCCAGCCGAGGUUCCCUCGACAACCACCGAGAAACCGCAACAGCAGCAGCAGCAGCAGCAGCAGCAGCAGCAGCAGCAGCAGCAGCAGCAGCAGUCCUCUUCUUCUUCCAGCGCGCUGACCCCGUCGUCAACAUCCAAGAAACAGUCCGUCCCGCUCUCGGCCCUCAUCAAGUCUCUGCCCAGCAAUUUCGACAGCUUCCUCGCUCGCCUGGACAAAUGCCUCUCGACGCCCGCUGGCAUCGACACAGUAAUGCUCUUCCUCUGCUACACCUCAAAAUUUGCCUCGGCAGCCCUCGAUAAGCUGUCGCAGUCAGCCCUGCGGCGGUCGGCGCGCGAGUGGAUCGCUCUGGUGGCGGCCUUGCCGCGGGGCACGACUGUUGUUUUCUCCUCCCCUGCCUCGGCCGUCGGCGUGGGCAAGGGUGCCGCGGGCGGGUCGACUGCCCUGGCUACCCGUGCUCUGACCCUGUCCAAGUGCCUGGCCAACCUGUCGUCGAUGCUGAGCGAGGCACGCAUGAUCUUGCGCCUGUGGGCGCUGAUCGGCAUGUAUUUCUGGGCCAAGGGGCUGGUUAAGAAGGCUCUUUGCUCGUCCUCCUCCGAGAAGAACGACGAGCCCAAGCCCAGCAAGGCCGCCACCCUCCUCGAAUCCCUGCGCCUGAUCCUCUGCGUAGCCUUUCAGGCUCUCGAGAACGCCGCCUACCUGGGCCAGCGUGGUAUCCUGCCCAUGAGACCGCCGCAGGUUGGCAAGGCCUACAUCUGGAGCGCACGGUUGUGGGGUGCUUACGUGGGCAUCGAGCUGGGCCGCCUGGCCGCCGAGCGGCUUGGCCCGAACGCGCCCAAGACGGCCGAGGCCCGCUCUCGCUGGGCGAAGAACACGGCGCGCCAGCUGGCGUGGGCGCCGCUCACCGUGCACUGGGGCAGCGAGAAGCCGCUGGUGAGUGAGUUGACGGUUGGCUUAUUGGCGAGCAUCCCGGGCAUUAUUCAGCUCAGGGAUCUGUGGGCUUCUACGGCUUAG